GAGUUGAUCAGAGCCACAAUGAGCACGCAGGACCAGAACGAGAAAAGAUACGACCCCAGAGACACAACACUGAGAUUUGUCAACAGACCUGAUGAUCUGGAUCCAAUGCCCCCUGAGGAAGGAGACCAGUGUCUCCGAGCAGAGAUGUCCUGCGGUCACGCUGUCACCCCUCAGUCUCUCACCGGAUGGUGUCGCAGCCUGCUGGAUCAGGGCCAGUACAAAUUUAGGUGCCCUGCGGUGAAAGAAGAAACCCAGCAACUGUGUGGUGAAGAGUGGUCAUAUCAGGAAGUGCGCCGGCUUGCCGCCCUGACAGCUGAAGAGAUGGAGCACUUUGAAAAGACCAUAGCUCGUCUGGCUGCUACACAGUACUGUGACUUUAAAUCAUGUCCUGGCUGCAAGUCCUACGUGGAACGAGAGGACCCGGCUAACCUCAGUGUAGAGUGUUUGGUGUGCACAGAAGAUAACCAGGAAGAAUAUGAGUUCUGCUGGCAGUGUUUGAAGACGUGGAAAGGUCCAGCUCCGCGCUCUGACCGCUGCGACAACGAUGGCUGCAUCAACCAUGACCUUGAACUGCUCAGGACCUGCAAGACCACCGUUCUUACUGAAGUGGUGGGGGUCGACGACUGUCCCUCCAUCCGGGCCUGUCCCACCUGCGGUCAGAAGGUGGAGCACGACAAUACGGGCUGCAAGAACAUCAUCUGUCCUCGCUGUCAGGUGGAGUUCUGCUUCGUGUGCCUGAAGCUCACUCCUGAGUGUCUGGAGACCAGUUCCUACUUCAUCCCCUGCAGUGAUGGUGUGGCUCCCAGACAAACAUCCAUCCCUGUGUGGCACAGAAACUAG